CUUCUUGUCCGCCUGCAAAUCUCCCCGUCGAAUUCGCCAUUAAUUCUUGCGCCGGUUCCUGGAAAACGGGGCAGCUGCCGCGGAGCUGCCGAAAGCCCCCGCCUUCCCGUGCGCAAUCGAAGGACAGCUGAUUAAUCUCGGCAAGGGAGGAGAUUGGGGGAGCGCCGCCGCCAUGUUCCAGCUGCUGUUCCUGGUGCUGUUCGCGGAGGCGGCGGUGGCGCUGCUGCUGAUGGUCAAGGUCGGCCCGCUGCGGGAGCUCGCGAUGCGGGGCGUGGAGCAGGCCAAGAUGGGCAAGGGCCCGGCCACCGUCAAGACCAUCGCCUGCACGCUCUCCGUCAUCCUCCUGUCCAGCGUCACCACCAUCCUCAAGAUCCAGAACAGGGGCCACAAGCUCGGCACCGUCAGCCCCAUGGACCAGGUGCUCUGGAGGACGCACCUCCUCGAGGCAUCCCUCAUCGGAUACACACUGUUCCUUGCAUUUGUCAUUGACCGGUUGCACCACUACCUUCAGAAGCUCAUUACUCUAAGGAAAGCCGCCAGCACCUCCAGAGAAGAGGUCGAGAAGCUCCAGAUGGAGAACCGAUCCUUGCGCGAGAAGGAGGACAAGUCUUCUGGAGAGAUCAAGAAGCUUCAUCAGGACAUCGCAAAGCUGUGCGAGGACAUGAAGAAGCUGAAAUCCGAGUCGGAAGACCACGAGAGGAAAGCGUCGGAGGCGGAGGCCCACGUCAACGCGCUGCAAAAGCAGUCGGAGGAGCUGCUCCUGGAGUACGACCGGCUGUUGGAGGACAACCAGAUUCUGCAGUCCCAGCUCCACUACAAAGCCUGAAUCAUCAGUUAACCUGCGGUGCACGAAGCGCUCAUGGCUAGGGCUCAUGAUGUGGCUCAUGGCUGUGUCCUUUCCCUCUCUAGCUUAUGGUGGUGUUGUUGGAUGCGGUGUCUAUUUUGUAGUUCCUGAGUGGCAGUUGGUUUUGAGGCACUGAGUCAGGGAUGGUGAAUUAUUGGAUAUGGGAGAAAGAUCAGAUUUCAGA